GCAAUUCAGCUCCACACAAGCACACUGAAUACUCGCUGCUCCCUUCGCCCACUACUAAUACUAGUCCUUCCUCUCGCGCCGCGAGUCCUUUCCUUCGUCGCCGCUCAAGAAUGCCUCUGCCCUUCAAGCUGCCCCUGGAUGCCUACAUCCUGAUGCUGCCCAUCACCUACGCCAGCGCUGCCUUCGUCGCGAUGUGCUGCCGUGUGCCCACCGCUGACCCCGAGACCUCCAGCAUCGCCUACUACGAAGACGAGCAGAAGAGCGCCGCCGCGGCCCAGCGCUACGACAACUCGUUUAAGCAGUUCUUCGAUGCCCGCAUCCGCAACCACAAGGUCGGCGUGUUCCAGAACUGGAUGCCCAACAGCCCUCAGUAAAGCGAUGCCAUUAGGAUUGGUCGCAGCGCAGCAUGUGAUGAGCUGCAGAGGCUUAGCCCUGAUGCGCAGGCAGUGGCAUUGAGCGCGUGAUUGGGCGCGGAAGACUGUUGACUCCUAUAAAGUGUAGAAUUCAUCUUGCCCAAUUUUUUGCGGGGACUUUGCGAGAGGGCAUGGGCGCCCCUUGGCGUGAGUUGCAGUGCGCACGACGCCGCGCGACCCCGCGUAGCAGGAGUGACCCCCUUGGUUGCGGGGGUCUGAAGCUUGACGCUGACUUGAAUGACGGCUGACCCACAUGGCAUGACUCUUGUGACUUCGAUGUCACCACACGCACACACACACGGUUGACCAAGACGACGAUUUACUUGACAAACGCUUGUGACUGCUGCUUGACUGGUAGCUUUGUAUAUGAAGACAUCAAUCUGGCGAUUUAUGAAAUGCUGCUAGCACGGCGGUGACAUCGUGGGCUGUCGUAAGAUUGAAGAGAGCCGUACGUGAUGCCCUUCGUCUAUGGCAGAGGCUUUGAGUAGGCUAGGAACGUGACUCUUGGUUCGCAACUACAUAGGAGAGUCGGUUUGUGGAGCUUCAAUAUGUGACCCAAAUGAAUAACCCGAGAUUGUGUGCGCAACUCGCCACACCGGGAAUUGACAGUGAGCAACGGCGCGCCCCUGCGGACGCCUGACAGUUGUAACUGAUCACGACGCA